CCACUUUGGUGAGCUGUUGCUUAGCAGCUAAUAAUAGGCGAUGUUUGCAAAGUAAUUUGCCUCUUCCUUGGCCAAUGAGAGCCGGAGCACUUUUCCAUCAAACCUCCCUUUUCAGGAUUUGGCGAGAGGCGAACUUCUCCAAAUGUGACCGCUACAGGAUCGGAGUUAGACUUGACACGGACGGCUCAGACACAGGCUACUACUACUACUACUACUACUACUACUACAACUCGCUGAGACGUCGUUUCAUAAACUGUCGGGACGAAUGAAGACUGAAGGAUCUUUACGGAUUUCGGCGCAUAAUGUUGGGAUGGAGUUUCGAGACUUGUUUGGCUCCAGGGAAGACUAGAAACCCUUCUCCUGCAGACUUGUCGCCGGCGGUGCUGGAUGCGCUCAUCUUCUAUGUUGGAUUAUUACUGUCGCUUUUACUGAACUCGCACCGAUUCUUUGUCGCUUCGCUCCGCGCCGCGCUCACCCUCUUUGGACUAUGGCCUCGGAUCACGGGGUCCCGGGGGCCGGCGUCUUUGGAGAUUUACCCCCGAGUUAUACGCGCUCCCAGCCGCCUGCGCACCCAGACCUCCUCCGCAGACCCAGCUACUGCCACGCUGCUUUCGCACUUAAACAGAUCUCAAAGGGUAAGGCAGUAGGUCAGAAAGCUCCACUGUGGAUCCGGGCGAGGUUCCAGGCCCUCCUGUUCACACUGGGCUGCCACAUCCAGAGACACUGUGGGAAGGUCCUCUUUAUUGGACUCUUAGUAUUUGGGGCUCUGUCUGUGGGACUCCGAGUCGCAGCCAUCGAAACGGACAUCGAGAAGCUAUGGGUGGAAGCUGGCAGCCGGGUAACUACGGAGCUUCGCUACACCAGGGAGAAGCAGGGAGAGGAGUCGGUAUUUACCUCACAGAUGCUCAUCCAGACGCCCAAAGAAGAGGGCACCAAUAUUCUUACCCAGGAGGCUUUGCUGGUUCACAUGGAAGCCGCCCUCUCUGCCAGCAAGGUUCAUGUGUCACUGUUUGGAAAAUCAUGGGAUCUUAAUAAAAUAUGCUACAAAUCAGGAGUUCCAAUUAUAGAAAAUGUCAUGAUUGAAAGGAUGAUUGACAAACUAUUUCCCUGUAUGAUAAUAACGCCACUGGACUGUUUUUGGGAAGGGGCCAAACUACAGGGAGGCUCCGCCUACUUACCGGGGAUGCCAGAUAUCCAGUGGAUGAAUUUAGAUCCAGUGAAGCUGAUGGAGGAACUGAGUCAGUUCACUUCCCUGGAAGGAUUUAAGGAGAUGUUGGACAAAGCCCAGGUGGGCCAUGCCUACAUGAACAGGUCCUGUCUCGACCCCUCAGAUCCCGACUGCCCUCUCAGUGCACCCAACAAAGACGAAGAAGAGAGUCCUGACAUUGCCAGGCAUCUCCAGGGUGGUUGUCAUGGUUUCAGCCGGAAGUUCAUGCACUGGCAGGAGGAGCUGAUCCUUGGUGGGCUGGUCAAAAACAGCCAGGAUACUCUGCUGAGUGCGGAGGCUCUCCAAACCAUGUUCCUGUUGAUGAGUCCAAAGCAGCUGUAUGAGCACUUUAAAGACGACUACGAGAUCCAUGACAUCAACUGGAAUGAAGAGAAGGCUACUGCUAUCCUGGAAUCCUGGCAGAGGAAGUUUGUGGAGGUGGUCCAUCUGAGUAUUCCAACUAACUCCAGCCAAUCCAUCCACGCUUUCUCCACAACCACCCUCAAUGACAUCAUGAUAUCCUUCUCUGAUGUCAGCGUUCUCAGGGUGGCUGGAGGCUACCUGCUCAUGCUCGCCUAUGCAUGUGUGACCAUGCUCAGGUGGGACUGUGCUAAGUCCCAGGGGGCCGUGGGCCUGGCUGGGGUGCUGUUGGUGGCCCUGUCAGUGGCUGCAGGACUGGGCCUCUGCUCCCUGCUCGGCCUCUCCUUCAACGCUGCCACCACACAGGUGCUUCCCUUCCUAGCUCUAGGGAUUGGUGUGGAUGACAUGUUUUUGUUGGCUCACUCCUUCACAGAAGCUGGAGGUAGCAUCCCAUUCAAGGAUCGGACAGGAGACUGUUUGCGUCGCACCGGCACCAGUGUGGCUCUGACUUCCAUCAACAACAUGAUUGCGUUCUGUAUGGCGGCUCUCGUACCCAUCCCGGCCCUGCGAGCUUUCUCUUUGCAGGCGGCCAUUGUGGUUGUGUUUAACUUCGCCAUGGUGCUGCUCAUCUUCCCCGCCAUCCUCAGUCUGGACCUCCACCGGCGCGAGGACAAGCGCUUAGAUGUCCUCUGCUGCUUGUACAGCCCCUGCUCUGACCGCGUCAUCCACCUCUCGCCGCACGAACUGUCGGAUGCCGGGGAGCAGCCGCACUCGCCGACGACAGCGACGACGCACCAGUAUGCCGCGGGGUCCACAAUCACCACCAGCACCCAAAUCACCACCACGGUGCAGGCGUUCACUCAGUGCGACGCAGCAGGACAGCAUAUUGUGACGAUUCUACCGCCUACCUCACAGAUCUCCACCAGCCCACCUUCCAUCAUCCUCUGCCCAACUUCCCAAGCUCAAGCUGCCACACCUUCCCCCACCACCUCAGUGCCUGACCCCUACGGUUCCCAGCUCUUUACCCCUACCUCCAGCUCCACACGGGACCUUCUAGCCCAGGUGGAGGAGUCCAAAUCGGGAAAGGAGUGCGUCCCACUCCCUUUCCUGCACUGGAAUCUGUCCAGCUUUGCCAGAGACAAAUAUGCCCCUCUGCUCCUCAAGCCAAAAAGCAAAGCCGUGGUGGUGGUCCUCUUUCUGGGCCUCCUGGGCCUCAGCUUGUAUGGAACAACCAUGGUGCAUGACGGCCUCUACCUGACUGACAUUGUGCCACGUGACACCAAGGAGUACGAUUUCAUCGACGCGCAGUUCAAAUAUUUCUCCUUUUACAACAUGUACCUGGUUACCAUGGAUGGAUUUGACUAUGCCCGGUCACAGCGGCUGCUGAUUCAGCUGCACAACGCUUUCAACUCCGUCAAAUACGUGGUCAGAGACAGCGACAACAAACUGCCCCGCAUGUGGCUGCACUACUUCUACGACUGGCUCAGAGGUCUUCAGGCUGCUUUUGAUGCUGACUGGCAGGCAGGCCGGAUUACAGCUGACAGCUAUCGCAAUGGCACAGAGGACGGAGCUCUGGCGUACAAGCUCCUCAUCCAGACUGGCUCCAAGAAAGAGCCUUUUAACUACAGCCAGCUGGUGUCUCGCCGGCUGGUAGAUACCGAGGGUCUGAUUGCUCCAGAGGUGUUUUACAUUUACCUGACCGUGUGGGUCAGUAAUGACCCUCUGGGCUACGCUGCCUCCCAGGCCAACUUCUACCCCCAUCCCAGAGAGUGGAUUCACGACAAGUAUGACACGACAGGAGAGAAUCUGCGCAUCCCAGCUGCAGAACCUCUCGAGUUUGCCCAGUUUCCCUUCUACCUGAAUGGCCUUCGCCAGGCCAGCGACUUCGUCGAGGCUAUUGAGAGCGUGAGAGCCAUCUGUGACGAGUUUGGCCGCAAGGGCGUGUUCAACUACCCCAAUGGAUAUCCCUUCCUGUUCUGGGAGCAGUACAUCGGCCUCAGACAUUGGUUCCUGCUGGCCAUCAGCGUGGUUCUGGCCUGCACCUUCCUGGUGUGUGCAAUUCUCCUGCUCAACCCCUGGACUGCCGGCAUCAUUGUGUUUAUUUUGGCCAUGAUGACGGUGGAGUUGUUUGGCAUCAUGGGCCUGAUUGGCAUCAAGCUGAGUGCCAUCCCUGUGGUCAUCCUGAUCGCCUCUGUGGGCAUCGGAGUGGAGUUCACUGUUCACGUUGCACUGGGCUUCCUGACAGCAAUUGGCAACAGGAACAAGCGCUCGGCAGUGGCUCUGGAGCACAUGUUUGCCCCGGUGGUUGAUGGAGGGAUCUCCACACUGCUUGGUGUGCUCAUGCUGGCUGGAUCAGAGUUUGACUUCAUAUUGAGGUAUUUCUUUGCCGUGUUAGUAAUCCUGACUGUGUUGGGGAUGCUGAAUGGCUUAGUUCUCCUGCCAGUCCUCCUCUCCAUGACGGGGCCUCCAGCUGAAGUCACUCCAGUCGACAAUGCCAGCCGUCUGCCAACACCUUCCCCUGAGCCCCCACUUCCCCCGCCGAUGACUCACCAUGGCUACUACACAGGCCACCACAACCCGCGGUCAUCCCGCCAACAAGCGUUCUCUGAGUCAUCAGACUCCGAGUAUUACUCCGAGAUGACCACCACGUCAGGGAUUGGGGAUGAGGAUUAUAAAUACUGCGACCGCAGCGCAUACAUCGCACCUCACGCCAGCGUUCCACCUGCUACAUCUCACAUACUGCUGGAAGCCAGCAAGAACCCCAGCUUCCCCAAGCUCACGGUGGUGAAGCCAUUCAAAGAAAAUGCGACAGGCACAAGCGUCAGGAUAGAACCGUCGAAUGAAUCUUCGUACAAUGCCCAGUCACCUCUCAGCUCCCAGGUGACGUGCUGGGAUGGAAACAAGAGGGAGCAGCAUCAGCAGAGACAACAUUUACCCAGUGACAAAGCUCACUUCCCUGGGAGGACUUGUCAAAGUGGCCCCAGGCUCCAGAACGGCAGAGGGCCGCAGCCAAACAGGACUAAAGGGCCAAGCUAUAACAAUAGCAACUCUACACUGCCGUCGCAGCAAUGUGCAACUGGCGGUCCUGUUACCAUGGUGACGGCCACUGCCUCUGUGACAGUGGCCGUGCAUCCGAACUUGCCGGGGUCGGCAUUCCAAGGCUACAUGCAUGAAGGUUUUGACACUGACAGUGAGUCGGACUGUUUCGAGGCUGCUAAGAGGACUUGUGGUGACAAAACAAACUUUUCUUCAUGUAAGAGAAACUCUAUCGAGAUCCAGGACUUGGAAGAAACACAGUGCCAGACACAGCGUCAGCUCAGCAAGACACAUGGUGGGUUGAGGAUCCAGGUAGCCAAAGACUGCUAGACUCUCUCACACACACACACACACACACACUGUGUCUUCUCUCUUCAAACCUCUGGCUGCUUCCCUGAGCACCUUGACCGCUGCACGGUGUCUUGAACUCUUGUCUGUACAUAGACUUCACACAAAAUGGAGAGGAUUUUAUUUCAAGGACAUAUUAAGAAAAAGAAAUGGACUUGGUUUUAAGAAUUAUAUAAAUCUGAGUAUAUAUUUUAUUACUAAAAAAAAAAAAAGAAAGAAGAGGGAAGCUAUUUAAAAGAGUACUGUAUAACUUGGGUAUACUCUUGUGUAAAACAUCAGAUGUAAAAAAUUAUUUUUCUUUGUGGGGCAGUUGAUUUCCCCCUCCCACAGUGUAUAGAAUAAGGAAUGUGCUAUAUGUAAAAAGUAUCCACAGAAAGUGAGAUGUUAAUAAGAUAUUAGGUUAUUGAACACAUGGUCAGUGUUUUAUUUCUAUUUGUUUUGUUUGUUGGUGGGGUUUUUUUUUUUUUUUGCUGCUACACUUCAGAAAAAGUGAUUUUUGCCUUAAAAUGCAGUACCCCCUUCUUCUCCCUCUUGCUUAAGUCAGUAUACGUAGUUAUUUUGUACACAUUAUUGCCAAGUCAAGUCCGUUUUAUUUAUACAGCCCAACAUCACAAACACAGUUUGCCUCAAAGGGCUUUACAGUCUCUUACUCUCUCUAUCCUUAGACCCUCACACCCAAUGCUAUAAAAUGAGAUAUUCCCCAUCUGACACACGCUCACACUCUCAUUCGUAGGUGUAGGUGUUUUUAUUACAUUGUAAUAAGAACAGAGAAUUGCACAGCUGAUAACCAUUGUGCCUUCACCACAGAUCUCAGUAUAAUGUUCCCAAGAAGCAGCAGUAGGCUGAUGUGUCGUAUUUGAGGAUCAUUUGAAUGUGAUCACGCGGGAUCACGUUUGUCAUAGUCAACGGUGAAUCUUUGCCUUAAUGUUUUCUGCAGUUUUGAACUACUUGAAGGAGCUGUGAUAAGAUUUAUUUUCCUCAUAUUGCAGUUUUUCGUAAGCUCUCCAGUGGUUGAAGUUCACCUUUGUGCGAGAGGUGUUCGUUCAUUUCCUUGAAUUGUGUGUUUGAAAGGGAAUUCUAAAAUCCAAUGCAAAGGGAGUGAUUUUUAUUUAAUUUUGUUUUCUGCUUUCUCUUUUCACUUGGGUGCUGUGGGGCCGCAUGUUUUUUUGUAGCCCUUUGCAAACACGGUCAUUCUAAUGCUUUGGCCUGCUCCAACUCACUUUCUGAUGCCUCGCUCUCUUUUUUUUUGUCAUUACAAAACCUCAUAUAUGCCACGUUAUUUUUUACAAUCAUCUUUAAUUUAAGUUUCUGUUGUUGUUCAGUAUUGGUCUCAUCACUGCCAGGUUUAAUUGCAGGGAAAAACUUUGCCAAUCAUUUUUUUUUUCUUUUUUGUGAGGCAGCUUUGUUUUCUUCUGUAAAUAUGGAAGAGAGAGAAGAGUCAAGCAGCUACUGUGCAGUUGUGAAUAAUUAAGCAUAACGGACAAAGCACCAUUUACCGUUCCAUCAGACCAUAGACAGCCAGGAGGUGUCUGUCAGACAGUGGAGUGGAGGAGUUGAGGGGGGGGAUCCUGCAUUAGUUUGUAGUUGAUUUAAAAGAAAUGUUAAUGUCAUGCCAUAUAAAUUAUUUAUAUUAAAAUUUUAUUUUUGUAGUUUGUACAGAUGUUAGUAUUUAGACUGAAGUUAUAUUUUUAAAGAGUAAAUAUAUAUUAUAUAUAAAUAUAUCUAUUUGUUGCCGAGUUUGUUUUUGUUUUGUUUGAAAUUUUUUGGUU